AAGAGUGGCCUGGCCCCACUGGGGCUCACACAGCUCAACAAGUGUGUUCCGUUCGGGCUUUAAGUGCACGCGUGUGUACCAGGACAACUCCCAGGAUGCAUCAGGUGAUGACGGCAACCUUCCUGCUUGUGGCGCUGUGCUCACUGACCGGCGUGGACGCGUCGGCCUACGACAAAAUCGUCACCCACAGCCGCAUCCGGGCCAGAAACGAGGGGCCCAACGUGUGUGCCCUCCAGCAAGUUCUGGGGACCAAGAAGAAAUACUUCAGCACAUGCAGGAACUGGUACAAAGGCGCCAUCUGUGGCAAGAAGGCCAUGGUGGUGUACGAGUGCUGUCCCGGCUACAUGCGUCUGGAAGGCAUGAAAGGAUGUCCUGCAGUGGCUCCCAUUGACCACGUGUACGGCACGCUGGGUCUGGUGAAGGCGGUGAGCACGCAGCGAUACGCGGACAUUUCCAAGCUGAGGGAGGAGAUCGAGGGCAGGGGAUCCUUCACCGUGUUCGCUCCCAGCGACGACGCCUGGGACCAGCUGGACCAAAGCGUCCGCUCGGCGCUGGUGAGCAACGUGAACAAGGAGCUGUACAACGCUUUGCGCUUCCACAUGCUCAACUCGCGCCUGCUGACCAAAGACAUGAAGGACGGCAUGACCGUCACGUCCACGUACAGCGACAUGGGCCUGCACGUCAACCACUACUCCAACGGGGUGGUGACGGUGAACUGCGCCAGGAUCGUCCACGCCAACCAGGUGGCCACCAACGGCGUGGUGCACGUCAUCGACCGCGUCAUCACCGCCGUCACCAACACCAUCAAAGGCUUCCUGGACGUGGAGGACGAGCUCGCCUCCUUCAGUGCGGCGGCGCUGGCCUCCGGUGUGAUGGACAAGCUGGACGGGCCGGGGCACUACACGCUGUUUGCCCCCACCAACGCCGCCUUCGACCGGCUGGGGCCGGGCCACCUGGAGCGCCUCAUGGGGGACAAGGACGUCAUUGCAGCCCUGGUGAACUACCACCUGCUGAAGAGCGUCCAGUGUUCGGAGGCCAUCAUGGCGGGCUCGGUGUACGAGACGGAGGAGGGCAGCACCGUGGAGGUCGGCUGCGACGGCGACAGUGUGACGGUCGACGGCGUCAAGAUGGUGCUCAAGAAGGACGUCGUCGCCACCAACGGGGUCAUCCACCUCAUCGACCAGGUUCUGGUGCCCAAUUCGGCCAAGGACGUGAUGGAACUGAUAGGCACGGGCCAGAGCACCUUCCGUGACAUGGUAUCAGAACUGGGCCUAGCCUCCGCCUUGGGUCCAAAGACGGAGUACACAGUCCUCGCUCCCCUCAACUCCGCCUUCACCAACGAGGUGAUGGCGACCGACCAGACGCUGCUGAGGUACCUCCUGGAAAACCACAUGUUGAAGCUGAAGGUCACGCUGAACGAGCUCUACAACGGCCAGCUGCUGGAGACGUUGGCCGGAAAGCUACUGCGAGUCUUCGUCUACCGCACGGCGGUGUGCAUCGAGAACGCCUGCAUGGUGCGCGGCAGCAAGCAAGGAAGCAACGGCGUCCUCCACCUCAUCAGGACCAUCAUCAGACCCUCGGAGCGGACCACCUACGACAUCCUCAAGGCCGACGGACGCUUCAAAAUUUUCCUGUCACUGAUGGAGACGGCCGAUCUGACCGACCUGCUGAAGCAGGAGGGCUCGUUCACAGUCUUCGCCCCGUCGGACGAGGCCUUCGCCGACCUGGACAAAGACGACAUGAGGCUGCUGAAAAGCGACCUGACCGCGCUGAGGACCAUCCUGCUCUACCACGUCGGCCAGGGCGUCUUCAUCAAUGGCGGCCUGGAAGGGGGCGUGACCAAUCUCCUGAAGACGCUGCAGGGCAGGAACCUGCAAGUUUUGUCUGUCAACAACUCCGUUCACGUCAACUCCGUCAAUGUACCUGACAGUGACCUGAUGGCCACCAAUGGCGUAAUCCAUGUAGUGAACAACCUUCUCUAUCCAGCAGAUCUUCCUGUGGGCCGCCAGGACCUGCUGCUCCUUCUCAGGAAGAUCAUCAAGUACAUCAAGAUCCAGUUCGUGUCAGGAUUCUCUUACGCCGAGAUCCCGCUCACUUUUGUCAGAAGGACCAUCACGACGACGGAGUACACCGAGAAAGUCCCCGAGCAACCCCAAAUGAUCCGGAUCAUCGAAGAACAACCGUCGAUCACUAAGGUGGUUGAGGGCGAGCCAACCUUCACCAAGGUAAUACAGGUGAUCGAAACAGAACCGACGGUCACCCGGGUGGUGGUGCAGGGCGAGCCCGUGAUCACCGAGGGAGCCGGCGUCGUCGAGACGGAGCCCUCAGUUACCAAGGUAACCAGGGUGAUUGGGGAGCCCGGUUUAACCAAGGUGACCAGAGUCAUCAAGGGUGAACAAGUGGAGUCAGAAGACAAGACGAUCACAGGACCGGACUUCUCCAGGAUCACUACCAUCCACGGCAACCCCAACCUGAUCGAACAGGAAUCCGAGAGGAUUACCAAACUCAUCAAAGACGGCGGGAAGUUUGCCGCCGCCAGGAACACUCCAGCCGGCAUGAGGAGGAGGAGGACGCGCUUGGUGAGGCGUCACCGCAAGGCCACGCCCCAGUGAGGAACGCCAGGGCUACGAGUCGAGCGCCGAUGAAUUCAAUUGUGGAUCGACCGAGACAAAAAAAUAAUAAUUUUCCUCUCUGUUCUAUUUUUAUAUUUUCAUAAAAAGAAGAAAAAAAAAAGAUUGUUGUGCAUGAAUACUGCCACGUAUGUGCGAUGAACAUUUGCUGUGAUGAAAAGGUGAUGUAUGAAUUAUGAUAAUCUUAUUAUUACUUUCGAUGGUGCUUGCAUUCACCACAAUGGAUGCUUUGAAAUUUUUGCAAACAUUACAUUCAUUCUGUAAAUUAUCUC